UUUGUUCGGGAAUGUUCUACUAAAAUCAAUCAAAACAAAAAUAUUUUGGGUGUUUUCCAAGUCUCAACUUCCUCAACAUUGUUCUGUCUGUAGCACAGCCCCUAUAUGUAUUCUCCAUUCACUGUCCUCUCAUUGUUAGUCACCCAGUCAUUUCCCUGAUGUGCAGAUCUUAAGUAGGCAUACUGAACAGCGAUGGGAAUGACAUACCUUUUCCUGAUAUUGGCAGAUCUUAAGUAGGCAUACUGAACAGCGAUGGGAAUGACAUACCUUUUCCUGAUAUUGGCAGUGUUUUCUGUUGUGGUCAAGAGUCAGCUCAAACCCCAGGUUUCCAUGGUCCUCACAUUCAAGCAAGUCUACUCUGGGGAUACAAUAAUUCUGAGUUGUGACAACAGCACAGGUAAGGUAAAAUGGUUCUUCAACAAGGUUGAGGAUCAAAAUCAAGUCAACAAGACAUGGAGCAUAAGGGCUGUCUCCGCUAAGAACUCCGGCUCAUAUCAGUGUGAGAACAAUGGACAGAAGAGUGACAACUUCAACAUCACAGUUCUAGAGUACCUUCCACCUGCCACUCUGUUGAUCAAGUCAGGGGAGCCAGUCAUCAACAUAGAUGGCUCAGUAGUCCUGGAGCUGCUGGUGGAGGAGGAUGAGAGUCUGAAGGGAUGGUGCUGUUGGGUGUACAAGGCUGGGAGAGUACAAAGAAUAACACUUAAGAAAAGUCUGACGACCGAAAAUCACACAGUGUUGACCUUUCAACCCCACAAACUGAAAGACAACGUCGCCAUCUACUGGUGUAGUGACGAGACUAACCUGAGGAGCACCCCCCUCACCAUCAAGACCUCAGACCGGGUCGUACGGAUGAUGAUAUUGCCUGGGCCUGCUCUUUUGGGGGAGAAACUGAGUCUGCGGUGUGUUGUGUCAGGGACCGACCGAAUUAGCCACGCUAUAUUCUACAAGGAUAAACAGAUGAUAAAAGACGGUUCCAGUUCUUCUUAUGUUAUCAACAAUGUGACUGAGUCCGACCAGGGGAUAUAUAGCUGUCAAGCCACCUUUACGCGAAGCGACAAAGGAAAGCCAAACACAGUCAACUCAACUCAACAAGAACUGAUUGUUUCAGCACCCCCUAUGAAGGCAGUUGUCUCGGAGUCCACUGGCCUGUCCUGCUCAUGCUCCAGCUGCCCCAAAGGCGCCUUCUAUCACUGGUACUACAAACAGCACAAUCCUCAGUGGCUACCUAAAGGCAUCAGCAAGAGCUACACAGGUUUCAUGCCGGCUGGUAGUUACGCAUGCAGAGCAGUGUGGAAAAACGGGAGGUCUGCACUAAGCAAUAUCCAUCAUUUGACAGAUGACGUCGACACUCAAGAGAGAACGGUGCUACUGAUCACCAUUGUGUUGAUUGUCUUGGGGGUUAUGCUGGUCAUAGGAGCCAUACUCAUGUAUCGCAAGAGGAGGACUAGGGAAGAGGCCAUUUACCAAGAUAUGCCCCUGAUGACAGUGAAGUCGCAGGAUGGAGGAGAUGGGGGGUACGAGGAGCUCCACAAAAAACAUGGUACCAAGAAAGAGGGAGAGUACGACACCCUGAACACAACUCCAGCACAAGCAGCAGGAGGAGAGAAAACAGAGGGAGCGUACGAAGCGCUGAAGAAAGCGGAAGGAAAGGAGGAGGAGUACCACACCUUGGAGGAAGGAGCGGCGAAAGGUGGGGAUGGGGGGUAUGAAGCGUUGAAAAAGUCCAAAGAUGAAGGAACUGGGGAUCUGUACCACACCUUGGGGGCGAAAGGUGGGGAUGGGGGGUAUGAAGCGUUGAAAAAGUCCAAAGAUGAGGGAACUGGGGAUCUGUACCACACCUUGGGGGCGAAAGGUGGGGAUGGAGGGGAUGGGGGUUAUGAAGCGUUGAAAAAGUCCAAAGAUGAGGGAACUGGGGAUCUGUACCACACCUUGGGGGAAAAGGGGGCGAAAGGUGGGGAUGGAGGAGAUGGGGGGUAUGAAGCAUUGAAAAAGUCCAAAGAUGGGGGAACUGAGGAUUUGUCCCAUGCUUUGGGGGCAGAAGGAGGCAAAGAGUGAGAUGUAGAGUUUGAAGCAUUGGAGAAGGCUAAAGAGGGGUAUACCGAUCUCUGGGAGAAGAAAGGGGAGAGGAGAAGUAGGCCUAGAUCUGAGACAAUAGGAAGUCCCGUAAUGACAGGAGGAAAGGUGGGGUGUAGGAUCGGUGGCAUAGCGCAGUUUUGCAGGGCCCCCCGCAAGGUCCAAGCAAGGCAGUUUUAUAGCUAAGCUCAUGCUAUUUGACCCAUUUUGCCAUUAGGCUGAAAGAAAAGUUGACUGUUUUAGAGCUAAUUUCCUGCUAUUCUACACAUUUUGCCAUGAAUCUGAGAGAACAGUUUGUAGUUUCAAAGCUAAUUUCCUGUAAUAAAAAUAAAUAAUUCCUCCCGAGUGGUGCAGCAGUCUAAGGCACUGCAUCGCAGUACUUGAGGCAUCACUACAGAGCCAAGUUCGAUCCCAGGCUGUGUUGCGGCUGGCCGCGACUGGGAGACCAAAGAGGCGGCGCAUAAUUGGUCCAGCGUCGUCCGGGUUAGGGGAGGGUUUGGCCGCCCGGGAUGUCCUUGUCCCAUCACGCUCUAUCGACUCUUUGUGGCGGGCCGGGGGCAUGCACGCUGACUACGAUCGGCAGUUGUGCUGUGUUUCCUCCGACACAUUGGUGCGGCUGGCUUCCAGGUUAAGCGAGCAGAGUGUCAAGAAGCAGUGCGGCGAUGGGACAAGACUGUAACUACUAAUUGUAUAUCACGAAAUUGAGGAGAAAAAAAUAGGGUUAAAAAAAUACAAAUAAAUAAUAAUAAUAAUUAAUGUCUUAUGACAUGUACAUAUGUUAUCUGGGAUGCCCAACCUUCGGAGGGUAUCCCAAACCCCCCAAAAAAUGUAAUAAUUGUUUAAUUUUGGGUUGUGGGAGGGGGGGCGUAUGAAGCUAGUGUGUCGGAUAAUGCUUUUAUCUCUGUAAUGUGUGAAGUGUUUAAAAGGAGGUAUUUCAAUACUUACUUUUCUUUGUAAUAUUAGACAUGUUCAGUAUUGUUUUAGACUGAUAUCAACUGCAACACUGAAAGUUUGACAAAAAACAAAAAAUGUUUGUAUAUGUUUUGGUGUUGUAUACAUUUGAGCUUUAAGGCAAAUAUGCACUGUUCAUUAAUUAAGCACUUUCUCGUUUUUGGGUUACGAAUUAAACCGAGUCUGUAAUGUAAAUACAAUGUAUAAAACAUAAUGCUUAAGUUGCACAGUAUCUGAGAUAUCUAAAUGCAGUACUCCAAACUGUAUAUUCAUGUAAUUUACAGUGGGUGGCAGUGUAACAUUGGUAAUAUAUCAUUAUGAUAAUUUAGUUUGCUGAAAUAAAGUAUUAGCAUAAUCAA